AUGACCUCCAGCUUCUCUACGCAUAGUUUCUCUAUGGGGCGGCAACCCUCUUCCUCCAGCAUGUCCUUGCGUGAUGGUGGGGUUCGGGGACGCUCUAAAGGCCAAGUGUCCAUCUCCUCAGCCAAUACUUUGUCCCUGUCUCGUUCCAUCUCUUUGGGAAAUGGCCUUAACAUCCUUAGCAACCUAUCACUGAAUGGUUUGGGUGUCAGUGAGAAAGAGACCAUGCAAGGUUUAAAUGGCCGAUUGGCCAGCUACCUGGAAAAGGUGCGUUCUCUUGAGAAGUCCAACGCUGACCUGGAGCUCAGAAUUAAGCAGUUGAUGGUUGAGCGUGCACCCAAAGGUCAUGACAUUGAUGGACUGAUGGCUCAAGCACAUGCAAUUGGACAAGAGGUGAGGAAAAAAACACUGGAGAAUGCUCGUUUAUUGCUGGAGAUUGAAAAUGCCAAGCUUGCAGCAGAUGACUUUAGGAUCAAAUGGGAGGCAGAGGCUACUCUUUGUCAUUCGGUUGAGAGAGAUUGCCAUGCUUUGAGAAGGGCAAAAUCUGAUCAUGAUCAGAUCAUUGCAACCCUCCGAGGAGACCUGGAGAGUCUGAAAGAGGAGCUCUAUUUCCUGAGAAAGAAUCAUGAUGAGGAGAUGAGUGCUCUAAAGAGCCGUCAAGCCAAUGAGCAAGUGAAUGUGGAGGUGGAUGCAUCCCAGGGCCCAGACCUGGGAGUCAUCAUGUCUGAGCUUAGAACCCAGUAUGAGGCGAUUGCACAAAAGAACAAAGAGGAUGCUGAGAUGUGGUACCUGAAGAAGCUGGAGACCGUGCAGUCAGAGGUGAAGGAGAGUAAUGAGGCUUUGCGUUGCACUCAGAGUGAGCUCAAUGAAAGAAGACACUUCCUGCAGGCUUUAGAGUUGGAACUCGACAGUUUGCGCAAACAGGUUGGUGUUCUUGAGGGGAACCUUGGAGAGACUAAUCAAAUGUACACUAUUGAGAUUGAACGACUUCAGGGUGCACUUAAACAGUUGGAGGAUGAACUCUCACAUCUGCGUCUGGAUAUGCAAAGAAUUAAAACUGAUUAUGAGCAGUUACUGCGCAUCAAACAGAAUCUGGAGCUGGAGAUCACCACAUACAAAAGGCUGCUGGAUGGAGAGGAAGUGAUAAAAAAAAUACCUCCUGCUAAAAAAGAGCCUGAAGUGAGGACCAGGAAGAUUGUCAAGGUGGUCACCCAGACCAUGGUAAAUGGAAAGGUGGUGGAUGAAUCGAGUGAGGUGGAACAGAUAGAGGAACACAAGUCUGAUUCUAUAAGUCAAGUUGCAAUAGAGCAUGUCAUAUAA